AUGGUGAGGUGUCUCUACUCCAUCAAACCAAACACAGAGAGAGAGAGGGACCGAGACGCUGGUGAGGUGGCUCUACCCAUCAAACCAACACUGCGAGAGAGGGGGACAGAGACAGCUGGUUGAGGGUGGCUCUAUCCAUCAAACCAACCAGAGGAGAAGAGAGACAGAGACAGGCUGGUGAGGUGGCUCAUCCUCAAUCAAACCAACACAGAGAGAGAGAGACAGAGACAGCCUGGUGAGGUGGCUAUACCAUCAACCCAAACAGAGAGAGGCGAGGGACAGAGACAGUUGGUGAGGUGGCUCGAACCCAUUCAAACCAACACAGAGAGAGACAGAGACAGCUGGUGGGUGAAGCUGGAGAGACUCCAUAUAAAAAAAAAACAAAGAGAGACGAGGGGGGUGGGGGGACAGAGCAAGAGAGAGAGAAAGCUGGUUCUGAGGUGGCUCUACUCCAUCCAACCAACACAGAGAGAGACCCAGAGACAGCUGGUGAGGGGGGUGGCUCUUUCACUCAUCAAACCAGCACCAGAGAGAGAGACAGAGAAGCUGGUGAGGGUGGGCUCUACUACAUCACUAAACCAACAUACAGAGAGAGACAGAGACCCUGGUGAGGUGGCUCUACUCCAUCAAACCAACACAGAGAGAGAGGGACAGAGACAGCUGGUGAGGUGGCUCUUACUAAAUCAAACCAACACAGAGAGAGACAGAGACAGGCUGGUGAGGGCUCUUACUCCAUCAACCAACACAGAGAGUGGGGACCAGAGAAAGCUGGUUGAGGUGUUGGUGGCUCUAUCCAUCAAACCAACACAGAGAGAGGAGAGAGAGGGACAGCUGGUGAGGUGCUCUACUCCAUUCAAACCAACACAGAGAGAAGAGAGGGACAGAGGACAGUGGUGAGUCGGCUCUACUCCAUCAAACCAACACAGAGCGAGAGACAGAGACAGCUGUGAGGUGGCUCAGAAUUUUCACCAGGAAAACCAACACAGAAGAGGGCGAGAGAGACAAGAGACAGCUGGUGAGGGUGGCUCAACUCCAUCAAACCAACACAGAGAGAGAGGGGGACAGAGACCUGGUGAGGUGCUCUACUCCAUCAAACCAACCAGAGAGAGGGAGACAGAGACGCUGGUGAGGUGGCUCUACUCCAUCAAACAACACAGAGGAGAGAAGAGGGACAGAGACAGCUGGUGAGGUGGAUCUACUCCAUCAAACCAACCACAGGAGAGAAGAGACAGCAGAGACAGCUGGUGAGGUGGCUCGACUCCAUCCAACAACACAGAGAGAGACAGAGACAGCUGGUGAGGGGGCUCGACUCCUCAAACCAACACAGAGAGAGGGACAGAGAAGCUGUGAGGUGGCUCUACUCCACAAAACAAAACACAGAGAGAGGGACAGAGACAGCUGGGGAGGUCCCCGGCUCUACUCCAUCAAAACCAAACACAGAGAGGAGGGGGACAGAGGACAGCUGGUGAGGGUGGCUCUACUCCAUCAAACCAACACAGAGAGAGGGAAGAGACAGCUGGUGAGGGUUGCUCUACUCCAUCAAACCAACACAGCGAGGAGAGGGACAGGGAGACAGCUGGUGUGAGGUGGCUCUACUCAUCAAACCAACACAGAGCAGGAAAGAAAGAGACAGCUGUGAGGUGGCUCUAACUCCAUCAACCCAACACAGAGAGAGAGACAGAGAGACAGCUGGUGAGGUGGCUCUACUCCAUCAAACCAACACAGAGAGAGAGGGGGACAGAGACAGCUGGUGAGGUGGCUCUACUCCAUCAAACCAACACAGAGAGAGAGGGGGACAGAGACAGCUGGUGAGGUGGCUCUACUCCAUCAAACCAACACAGAGAGAGGGACAGAGACAGCUGGUGAGGUGGCUCUACUCCAUCAAACCAACACAGAGAGAGAGGACAGAGACAGCUGGUGAGGUGGCUCUACUCCAUCAAACCAACACAGAGAAGAGAGAGACAGAGACAGCUGGUGAGGUGGCUCGAUUCCAUCGAUAGUUGUAGAAGUUGGUAAUAAGCAGCAUUGAAAGUAUGCCUUAUGUACUUUGAAGAACUAGUCAAAUGAUUUAAGAUAAAAAGGAUUACUCUAUAAUGGGGAAAACAGACAUAAGGUUAGAUGGUUUUCUGGCUGGCUGCUACUGUCUGAGCAGAGAUGAGAUGAUGACGUCAAGGAAAGGAAAGUAAUCAAAUAAAAACUAAGUCACAUGAAUGAAAUAUACACUGCUCAAAAAAAUAAAGGGAACACUUAAACAACACAAUGUAACUCCAAGUCAAUCACACUUCUGUGAAAUCAAACUGUCCACUUAGGAAGCAACACUGAUUGACAAUAAAUGUCACAUGCUGUUGUGCAAAUAGAAUAGACAACAGGUGGAAAUUAUAGGCAAUUAGCAAGACACCCCCAAUAAAGAAGUGGUUCUGCAGGUAGUGACCACAGACCACUUCUCAGUUCCUAUGCUUCCUGGCUGAUGUUUUGGUCACUUUUGAAUGCUGGCGGUGCUUUCACUCUAGUGGUAGCAUGAGACAGAGUCUACAACCCACACAAGUGGCUCAGGUAGUGCAGCUCAUCCAGGAUGGCACAUCAAUGCGAGCUGUGGCAAGAAGGUUUGCUGUGUCUGUCAGCGUAGUGUCCAGAGCAUGGAGGCGCUACCAGGUGACAGGCCAGGUGACAUUUGAAACCCCACCUCUUUAAGGAAUACCUGGGAUAGGAUAAAGUAAUCCUUCUACCCCCCCCCCCCCCAAAAAAAUAAAUAAAUAAAUAAAUAAAUAAAUAAAACAAUUGGAAAGUGGUUAUCCAACUGGCUAUAAGGUGAAUGCACCAAUUUGUAAGUCGCUCUGGAUAAGAGCGUCUGCUAAAUGACGUAAAUGUAAAUGUAAAUCAGGAGACGUGGAGGAGGCCGUAGGAGGGCAACAACCCAGCAGCAGGACUGCUACCUCCGCCUUUGUGCAAGGAGGAGCAGGAGGAGCACUGCCAGAUCCCUGCAAAAUGACCUCCAGCAGGCCACAAAUGUGCAUGUGUCUGCUCAAACGGUCAGAAACAGACUCCAUGUGGGUGGUAUGAGGACCCGACGUCCACAGGUGGGGGAUGUGCUUACAGCCCAACACCGUGCAGGACGUUUGGCAUUUGCCAGAGAACAUCAAGAUUGGCAAAUUCGCCACUGGCGCCCUGUACUCUUCACAGAUGAAAGCAGGUUCACACUGAGCACAUGUGACAGAAGUGACAGAGUCUGGAGACGCCGUGGAGAACGUUCUGCUGCCUGCAACAUCCUCCAGCAUGACCGGUUUGGCGGUGGGUCAGUCAUGGUGUGGGGUGGCAUUUCUUUGGGGGGCCGCACAGCCCUCCAUGUGCUCGCCAGAGGUAUCCUGACUGCCAUUAGGUACUGAGAUGAGAUCCUCAGACCCCUUGUGAGACCAUAUGCUGGUGCGGUUGGCCCUGGGUUCCUUCCUGCAAGAGAAAGGCAUUGAUGCUAUGGUCCGCCCGUUCCCCAGACCUGAAUCCAAUUGAGCACAUCUGGGACAUCAUGUCUCGCUCCAUCCACCAACGCCACGUUGCACCACAGACUGUCCAGGAGUUGGCGGAUGCUUUAGUCCAGGUCUGGGAGGAGAUCCCUCAGGAGACCAUCCGCCACCUCAUCAGGAGCAUGCCCAGGCGUUGUAGGGAGGUCAUACAGGCACAUGGAGGCCACACACACUACUGAGCCUCAUUUUGACUUGUUUUAAGGACAUUACAUCAAAGUUGGAUCAGCCUGUAGUGUGGUUUUCCACUUUAAUUUUGAGGGUGACUCCAAAACCAGACCUCCAUGGGUUGAUAAAUUUGAUUUCCAUUGAUAAUUUGUGUGUGAUUUUGUUGUCAGCACAUUCAACUAUGUAAAGAAAAAAGUAUUUAAUAAGAUUAUUUCAUUCAUUCAGAUCUAGGAUGUGUUGUUUAAGUGUUCCCUUUAUUUUUUUGAGCAGUGUAUUAUUAAACUAAUGUGAUUAAAUGAUGGUUAAUGAGUGAUAAGCAGUAUUGUGCAGUCACCAUUAUGGAACUUUUAUUAAUCAUGGCUCUUAUUCAUCCUUUUUUUCUGUUACAGCAUUCAACCCAUUGUCAGUGUCAGGAGAAGGCAGCAGAUGGCUGAGGGUUACAGCAUUCAACCCAUUGUCAGUGUCAGGAGAAGGCAGCAGAUGGCUGAGGGUUACAGCAUUCAACCCAUUGUCAGUGUCAGGGAGAAGGCAGCAGAUGGCUGAGGCUUACAGCAUUCAACCCAUUGUCAGUGUCAUGGAGAAGGCAGCAGAUGGCUGAGGGUUACAGCAUUCAACCCAUUGUCAGUGUAGGGGAGAAGGCAGCAGAUGGCUGAGGGUUACAGCAUUCAACCCAUUGUCAGUGUCAGGAGAAGGCAGCAGAUGGCUGAGGGUUACAGCAUUCAACCCAUUGUCAGUGUAAGGGAGAAGGCAGCAGAUGGCUGAGGGAAGCUCGAAAAUCAGUGGAUACGUGUUCUCUGGACUGAUGAAUCACGCUUUAUCAUCUGGCAGUCCGAUGGACGAAUCUGGGUUUGGCGAUGCCAGGAGAACGCAACCUGCCCGAAUGCAUAGCGCCAACUGUAAAAUUUGGUGGAGGAGGAAUAUUGGUCUGGGGCUUUUUUUCAUGGUUCGGGCUAGGCCCCUUAGUUCCAGUGAAGGGAAAUCUUAACGCUACAGAAUACAAUGACAUUCUAGACGAUUAUGUGCUUCCAACUUUAUGGCAACAGUUUGGGGAAGGCCCUUUCCUGUUUCAGCAUGACAAUGCCCCCGUGCUCAAAGCGAGGUCCUUACAGAAAUGGUUUGUUGAGAUCGGUGUGGUAGAACUUGACUGGCUUCCACAAAGCCCUGACCUCAACCCCAUCAAACACCUUUGGGAUGAAUUGGAACGCCGACUGCGAGCCAGGCCUAAUCGCCCAACAUCAGUGCCCGACCUCACUAAUGCUCUUGUGGCUGAAUGGAAGCAAGUCCCCGCAGCAAUGUUCCAACAUCUAGUGGAAAGCCUUCCCAGAAGAGUGGAGGCUGUUAUAGCAGCAAAGGGGGGACCAACUCCAUAUUAAUGCAAAUAAUUUUGGAAUGAGAUGUUCGACGAGCAGGUGUCCACAUACUUUCGGUCACGUAGAGUGUAUGUAUGUAUAUAUAUAUAUACAGUGCCUUUGGAAAGUAUUCAGAUCCCUUGACUUUUUCCACUUUGUUACGUUACAGCCUUAUUAUCAAAUGGAUUAAAUUGUUUUUUUCCCUCAUCAAUCUUCACAUAAUACCCCAUGAUGACAAAGCAAAAACAGGUUAAGAACUUUUUGUUAAUAAAAUAAAUACGGAAAAUCACAUUUACAUAAGUAUUCAGACCCUUUACUCAGUAUUUUGUUGAAGCACCAUUGGCAGUGAUUACAGCAUCGAGUGUUCUUGGGUAUGAUGCUACAAGCUUGGCACACCUGUAUUUGGGGAGUUUCUCCCAUUCUUCACUGCAGAUCUUCUCAAGCUCUGUCAGGUUGGAUGGGGAGUGUCGCUGUACAGAUAUUUUCAGGUCUCUCCAGAGAUGUUUGAUCAGGUUCAAGUCCGGGCUCUGGCUGGGCCACUCAAGGACAUUCAGAGACUUGUCCCGAAGCCACUCCUGCGUUGUCUUGGCUGUGUGCUUAGGGUCGUUGUCCUGUUGGAAGAUGAACCUUCGCCCCAGUCUGAGGUCCUGAGCGCUCUGGAGCAGGUUUUCAUCAAUGAUCUCUCUGUACUUUGCUCCGUUCAUCUUUCCCUCGAUCCUGACUAGUCUCCCAGUCCCUGCUGCUGAAAAACAUCCCCACAGCAUGAUGCUGCCACCACCAUGCUUCACCAUAGGGAUGGUGCCAGGUUUCCUCCAGACGUGAAGCUUGGCAUUCAUGCCAAAGAGUUCAGUCUUGGUUUCAUCAGACCAGAGAAUUUUGUUUCUUCAAUUGAAUUUACCACAGCUGGACUCCAAUCAAGUUGUAGAAACAUCUCAAGGAUGAUCAAUGGAAAGAGGAUGCACCUGAGCUCAAUUUCGAGUCUCAUAGCAAAGGGUCUGAAUACUUAUGUAAAUAAGGUAUUUUAGUUUUUUAUUCUUAAUACAUUUGCAAAAAAAAAGUUUUUUACCAAAUCUCUUUUUCAGCAUAUUUACAUAUGUAGUUACAUAUUCGUGGGCUCUACCCAACUAAGCCAGGCAAUAGCUGUAGAGAAAAAAGCCUCUUAACUGUUCUGUUCUCCUCAGGGCAGAGAGCUCAUUGGAUACACAUCACAGAACCAUCCAAUGAGAAGCUCUUAUGAGACCUAAAUUAAGGCUUUGGAUAAAUGGAAUGGAUGAACAAGAAGAGGACAGGCCAUGAAAGAGGUGAGAGAGAAGAGAGGAACAGAGAAGUUAUGGAGUCUCCCCUCUCCUCUCCUCUACUCCACCCUCCUCCCUAACUCCCUUCUCUCCUCUCCUCUCCUCUCCUCUCCUCUCCUCUCCUCUCCUCUCCUCUCCUCUCCUCUCCUCCUCCUCUCCCUCUCCUCUCCUCUCCUCUCCUCUCCUCUCCUCUCCUCUCCUCUCCUCUCCUCUCCUCUCCUCUCCUCUCCCUCUCCUCUCCUCUCCUCUCCUUCCUUCUCUUCUCUUCUCUUCUCUUCUCUUCUUCUCUUCUCUUCUCUUCUCUUCUUCCUCUUCCUUCUCUUCUUCUCUCUUCUCUUCUCUUCCCUUCUUUUCUCUUCUCUUCUCUUGCUCUUCUCUUCUCUUCUCUUCUCUUCUCCUCUCCUCUCCUCUCCUCUCCUCUCCUCUCCUCCACCCUCCUCCCUAACUCCCUUCCCUCCUCUCCUCUCCUCUCCUCUCCUCUCCUCUCCUCUCCUCUCCUCUCCUCUCCUCGUCCUCUCUCCUCUCCUCUCCUCUCCUCUCCUCUCCUCCCUCUCCUCUCCUCUCCUCUCCCCUCCUCUCCUCUCCUCUCCUCUCCUCUCCUCUCCUCUCCUCUCCUCUCCUCUACUCCACCCUCCUCCCUAACUCCCUUCCCUCCUCUCCUCUCUGAGACAGUAAAACAUAUAGCAUAAUUAAAUACGUGCAGCAUCAAAAUUGGCAAGAAAAUAACACAAUUCUUUAACCAGGGGCGGGGCCUUCGCCAGGGUUGCAAUCUGAGCCCUGCACUCUUCAGUAUUUACAUCAACGAAUUGGCCACUAUUCUAGAAAAAUCCCCAGCCCCUGGUGUUUGUCUCCACAAUUCAGAGGUUAAAUGCCUGCUCUUGGCAGAUGACCUGUGCCUGCUGUCACCCACAGCACAUGGCCUACAGCAGAGCCUGGACCUGCUAGAGCAGUACUGUCAGACCUGGGCCCUGGCAGUAAACCCCAAAAAAGACUCAAAUAUUGAUUUUCCAGAGAAGAUCCAGAUCUCAGGGAAUUAGACCAAAGUUCUCAAUUGGUACAACAUAUAUAGAGUACUGCACACACUACAAUUACUUAGGUUUAAAAAUAAGCUCAACUGGACACCUUUAUGAUGCAGUGAAUGAACUGAGUGAGAAAGCAUGCAGGGCAUUCUACGCCAUUAAAAAACAAAUUCAAAUUGAAAUACCUAUUAAAAGUUGGCUAAAACUAAUUGAAUGUGUCAUUGAACCAAUUGCACUUCAUGGCAGCGAGGUGUGGGGUCCACUUGCAAAACAAGAUUUCACCCAAUGGGAAAAACACCCCAUUGAAACCCUGCAUGCAGAGCUCUGUAAGAUUCUCCUACAUGUCCAGAGGAAAACUACAAACAAUGCAUGCAGGGCAGAAUUAGGCCAAUAUCCACUAAUAAUAAAAACUCAAAAAAUACCAAUUAAGUUUUGGAAACAUCUAAAAUACAGUGACCCCUUCUCAUAUCAUUACCAAGCCCUGCAAUGCCAAGAGCUGAGCAAAGAAAAGAGUCCCCUCAUCCAGCUGGUCCUGGGGCUGAGUUCACAAACCUGUUCUACUAACACACUGAAGCCUCAGGACCAGAACAUCCAAUCAAUCAGAAUAAACCAAAUUACAACACAGUCAAAACUACAUUGCUUAUUGGGAAACACAAGCACAAAGUAAAAUGCAGUGCUAUCUGGCCCUAAAUCGACAGUACACCGUGGCUAACUAUUUGACCAUGGUGACUGAUCAAAACCUUAGAAAAACCUUGACAAAGUACAGGCUCAGUGAGCACAGCCUUGGCAUUGAGAAGGGUAGACACAGGAAAACCUGGCUCCCUGUAGAGGAAAGGCUGUGCAACCACUGCACCACAGCAGAACCUGAGACAGAGCUGCAUUUCCUGACAAAAUGUCAAAAAUAUACAACAAUUAGAGAGUGUCAUUUACCCAAAUUUGAAACCGUUUUUAAGGUUUCAAAGACCUCUCUGAUGAGAAUAGGCUACCCGUCCUGUUGGGGGAGGCCUCAGAGAGCUGUGGGUUGGCAGAGCACUACAUUGCUGCCUGCCAUAAGAUGAGGGACAGUGUCUGACAGACCAACCAACCUGCACAUGUCCUCUAUAUUGUUAUUGUUCAAUGGUUAUUUUGACCCUUGGUUACUGUUGUUACUGUUGUCCCGUUUACAAUAUUGAUUAUUAUUAUUAUUAAUUAUGUUCAUAUUGUAAAUCUCCAAAUUAAGCUUUGGCAAUAUGUACAUUGUUACGUCAUGCCAAUAAAGCAAAUUUAAUUGAAUUGAAAGAGAGAGAGAGCUGAGACUGAGAUGGAGAGCAGAGACACAGCCAGAGAGUGAACCGAGGCAGACAGUGUGAGAGAGAACUGAGGCAGAGAGAGAGAGAGAAACUGAGGCAGAGAGCUGACUCGACAGAGCGCUCUAUAUUGACUGUUCUGCUAACAGGUUAGGAAGGACAACAACAACAACAACAACAUCAUCACCUCUCUCUCUCUCUCUCUCUCUCUCUCUCUCUCUCUCUCUCUCUCCCCCUCUCUCUCUCUCUCUCUCUCUCCCUCCCUCCCUCCCUCCCUCCCUCCUAGCGAAACAGCACUGGAAAACACACAGACGGAGUAUUGUUCUUACCAUUCAUAGCUGCAGGUGGGGAGCACUAACGGCUAGAGGGAGCUCCUCUGUUCACAGACAUCUGAAGAGAAGAGCGAGAAGAGAGACGACGGAGAGGAGAAGGGAGAGGAAGGAGAUAAUGGUUAGCUAGCUACAUUUUCUGAUAUUACACGUUUCUAAUUUAGUUAGAAAGUCGUUUUCAUUUAAAGUUAAAGUGUACUGUUAGCCAGUUAGCUUGGGUGCUUGACUGCUGUUGUUGUUUAUUUAUUUAUUUUAUUUAACCUUUAUUUAACCAGGUAAGAAGCCAGUUGAGAACAAGUUCUCAUUUACAACUGUGACCUGGCCAAGAUAAAGCAAAGCAGUGCGAUAAAAACAACAACACAGAGUUACACAUGGGGUAAAACAAAACAUAAAGUCAAAAAUACAACAGAAAAUAUAUAUACAGUGUGUGCAAAUGUAGCAAGUUAUGGAGGUAAGGCAAUUAAUAGACCAUAGUGCAAAUUAAUUACAAUUAGUAUUAACACUGGAAUGAUAGAUGUGCAAGAGAUGAUGUGCAAAUAGAGAUACUGGGGUGCAAAUGAGCAGUUGGGUGGGCUAAUUACAGAUGGGCUGUGUACAGGUGCAGUGAUCGGUAAGGUGCUCUGACAACUGAUGCUUAAAGUUAGUGAGGGAGAUAAGAGUCUCCAGCUUCAGAGAUUUUUGCGGUUCGUUCCAGUCAUUGGCAGCAGAGAACUUGAAGGAAUGGCGGCCAAAGGAGGUGUUGGCUUUGGGGAUGACCAGUAAGAUAUACCUGCUGGAGCGCAUACUACGGGUGGGUGUUGCUAUGGUGACCAAUGAGCUAAGAUAAGGCUGAGAUUUGCCUAGCAGUGAUUUAUAGAUGGCCUGGAGCCAGUGGGUUUGGCGACAAAUAUGUAGUGAGGACCAGCCAACAAGAGCGUACAGGUCACAGUGGUGGGUAGUAUAUGGGGCUUUGGUGACAAAACGGAUGGCACUGUGAUAGACUACAUCCAAUUUGCUGAGUAGAGUGUUGGAGGCUAUUUUGUAAAUGACAUCGCCAAAGUCAAGGAUCGGUAGGAUAGUCAGUUUUACGAGGGCAUUUUUGGCAGCAUGAGUGAAGGAGGCUUUGUUGCGAAAUUGGAAGCAGAUUCUAGAUUUAACUUUGGAUUGGAGAUGCUUAAUGUGAGUCUGGAAGGAGAGUUUACAGUCUAACCAGACACCUAGGUAUUUGCAGUUGUCCACAUACUCUAGGUCAGACCCGUCGAGAGUAGUGAUUCUAGUCGGGUGGGCGGGUGCCAGCAGCGUUCGGUUGAAGAGCAUGCAUUUAGUUUUACUAGUGUUUAAGAGCAGUUGGAGGCUACGGAAGGAGUGUUGUAUGGCAUUGAAGCUUGUUUGGAGGUUUGUUAACACAGUGUCCAAUGAAGGGCCAGAUGUAUACAAAAUGGUGUCGUCUGCGUAGAGGUGGAUCUGAGAGUCACCAGCAGCAAGAGCGACAUCAUUGAUAUACACAGAGAAAAGAGUCGGCCCAAGAAUUGAACCCUGUGGCACCCCCAUAGAGACUGCCAGAGGUCCAGAAAACAGGCCCUCCGAUUUGACACAUUGAACUCUAUCUGAGAAGUAGUUGGUGAACCAGGCGAGGCAGUCAUUUCAGAAACCAAGGCUAUUUAGUCUGCCAAUAAGAAUGCGGUCGAAAGCCUUGGCCAGGUCAAUGAAAACGGCUGCACAGUACUGUCUAUUAUCGGUCGCGGUUAUAAUAUUGUUUAGGACCUUGAGCGUGGCUGAAGUGCACCAAUGACCCGCUCGGAAACCGGAUUGCAUAGCGGAGAAGGUACGGUGGGAUUCGAAAUGGUCGGUGAUCUGUUUGUUAACUUGGCAUUCAAAAACUUUCGAAAGGCAGGGUAGGAUGGAUAUAGGUCUGUAACAGUUUGGAUCUAGAGUAUCACCCCCUUUGAAGAGGGGGAUGACCGCGGCAGCUUUCCAAUCUCUGGGGAUCUCAGACGUUACGAAAGAGAGGUUGAACAGGCUAGUAAUAGGGACUGCGACAAUUUCGGCGGCUAUUUUUAGAAAGAAAGGGUCCGGAUUGUCUAGCCCAAAUGAUUUGUAGGGGUCCAGAUUUUGCAGCUCUCAGAACAUCAGCUGUCUGAAUUUGUGUGAAGGAGAAGCGGGGGGGGGGGGGGGGCAUGGGCAAAUUACAGCGGAGGGUGCAGAGCUGGUGGCCGGGGUAGUGGUAGCCAGGUGGAGAGCAUGGCCAGCCGUAGCAAAAUGCUUGUUGAAAUUCUCGAUUAUUGUAGAUUUAUCGGUGGUGACAGUGUUUCCUAGCCUCAGUGCACCUGGGAGGAGGAGCUCGUAUUCUAAUUAGGUGCGGAUCAGCUUCCUUAUUCUCAAAGGUGAGGUUAGAAGUCUAUCAACUUUCAAAGCAGAAUUAUUUUCCCAUUGUUCCUCAACUGUAGUGUAUGAUAUACCAAUUUCUAGCUCUGAGUCUCUACUUUUAUCCAAUGUAAAAAACACAAUUUCAAAUGUUGCUACAUAAGACCGAAUCGAGCCGGUAGGUCACAUAAGUACUAUUAUUAUUACUACUGAAAUGAACUGGAUUUCCUUCUCCUCAUUGCAUUGGAUUUACUGAAAUGCUGGACCACUAUACUGCUUUGGCUAUAUCUACAAAAUGUAUUUAAUGGCGUUAAAGCAAUCCAAAUUUGAAUUUGAAUAUGAGAGGAGAGAAGAGACGAGAGAGGAGAGAGAGGAGAGGAGAAAGAGAGAGGCGAGAGGCGAGAGGAGAGAGCAUAGGUGUACAGAAGCCCAUUAUCAGCAACCAUCAGUCCUGUGUUCCAAUGGCACGUUGUGUUUGCUAAUCCAAGUUUAUCAUUUUAAAAGGCUAAAUGAUCAUUAGAAAACCCUUUUGCAAUUAUGUUAGCACAGCUAAAAACUGUUGUGCUGAUUAAAGAAGCAAUAAAACUGGCCUUCUGAGACUAGUUGAGUAUCUGGAGCAUCAGCAAUUGUGGGUUCGAUCACAGGCUCAAAACGUCCAGAAACAAAGAACUUUCUUCUGAAACUCGUCAGUCUAUUCUUGUUCUGAGAAAUGAAGGCUAUUCCAUGCGAGAAAUUGCCAAGAAACUGAAGAUCUCGUACAACGCUGUGUACUACUCCCUUCACAGAACAGCGCAAACUGGCUCUAACCAGAAUAGAAAGAGGAGUGGGAGGCCCCGGUGCACAACUGAGCAAGAGGACAAAUACAUUACAGUGUCUAGUUUGAGAAACAGAUGCCUCACAGGUCCUCAACUGGCAGCUUCAUUAAAUAGUACCCGCAAAACACCAGUCUCAACGUCAACAGUGAAGAGACGACUCUGGGAUGCUGACCUUCUGGGCAGAGUUGCAAAGAAAAAGCCAUACCUCAGAAUGCCCAUCUUAAUCUUUUAUUUUUAUUGGCCAGUCUGAGAUUUGGCUUUUAAGGGAGUAUGUGACCACACUCGUUCUGUUCGGCUAGGCUAGCAAAGCUAGGAAGCUAACUGACGCCUUAAGAGACAGAGCCCAGGAAGCACCACGGAGCCAGAGUAGAAAGAGGCCUCUGUGUGUGUGUGUGUGUGUGUGUGUGUGUGUGUGUGUGUGUGUGUGUGUGUGUGUGUGUGUGUGUGUGUGUGUGAUCCUCCGGUGAACAGCUGAAUAGGCACACACACACAAAACCUCUCUCUCACACACGCCUUCCGCCGUCUGGUCUAUAGCACAGAUGGGAAUAUGUAUCCUGCACCUCUUCUCCUCUCUCCGGUCGCUUUUCUGGGUCAACUCUGGAAUGGGUUCCCUACACUGCCGUUCUCUCUGGAGCCUUGAGCUGGAGCCAGAUAUCAUCUUAGAUGUCAUAUAGAUACACUAUGUUUUACUAUAUACUAUGUUUUACUAUAUACUAUGUUUUACUAUACACUAUGUUUUACUAUACACUAUGUUUUACUAUACAUUAUGUUUUACUAUAUACUAUGUUUUACUAUACACUAUGUUUUACUAUACACUAUGUUAUACUAUACACUAUGUUUUACUAUACACUAUGUUUUACUAUAUACUAUGUUUUACUAUACACUAUGUUUUACUAUACACUAUGUUUUACUAUACACUAUGUUUUCACAUAUUAACCUGAUGGUCCAGAUAGACCACAUGACUGAGUUACACAGGGAUCUACACUUAAUACUGGAGUUACACAGGGAUCUACACUUAAUACUGGAGUUACACAGGGAUCUACACUUAAUACUGGAGUUACACAGGGAUCUACACUUAAUACUGGAGUUACACAGGGAUCUACACUUAAUACUGGAGUUACAGGGAUCUACACUUAAUACUGGAGUUACACAGGGAUCUACACUUAAUACUGGAGUUACACAGGGAUCUACACUUAAUACUGGAGUUACACAGGGAUCUACACUUAAUACUGGAGUUACAGGGAUCUACACUUAAUACUGGAGUUACACAGGGAUCUACACUUAAUACUGGAGUUACACAGGGAUCUACACUUAAUACUGGAGUUACAGGGAUCUACACUUAAUACUGGAGUUACACAGGGAUCUACACUUAAUACUGGAGUUACAGGGAUCUACACUUAAUACUGGAGUUACACAGGGAUCUACACUUAAUACUGGAGUUACACAGGGAUCUACACUUAAUACUGGAGUUACAGGGAUCUACACUUAAUACUGGAGUUACACAGGGAUCUACACUUAAUACUGGAGUUACACAGGGAUCUACACUUAAUACUGGAGUUACAGGGAUCUACACUUAAUACUGGAGUUACACAGGGAUCUACACUUAAUACUGGAGUUACACAGGGAUCUACACUUAAUACUGGAGUUACACAGGGAUCUACACUUAAUACUGGAGUUACAGGGAUCUACACUUAAUACUGGAGUUACACAGGGAUCUACACUUAAUACUGGAGUUACAGGGAUCUACACUUAAUACUGGAGUUACACAGGGAUCUACACUUAAUACUGGAGUUACACAGGGAUCUACACUUAAUACUGGAGUUACACAGGGAUCUACACUUAAUACUGGAGUUACAGGGAUCUACACUUAAUACUGGAGUUACACAGGGAUCUACACUUAAUACUGGAGUUACACAGGGAUCUACACUUAAUACUGGAGUUACAGGGAUCUACACUUAAUACUGGAGUUACACAGGGAUCUACACUUAAUACUGGAGUUACACAGGGAUCUACACUUAAUACUGGAGUUACACAGGGAUCUACACUUAAUACUGGAGUUACACAGGGAUCUACACUUAAUACUGGAGUUACACAGGGAUCUACACUUAAUACUGGAGUUACACAGGGAUCUACACUUAAUACUGGAGUUACACAGGGAUCUACACUUAAUACUGGAGUUACACAGGGAUCUACACUUAAUACUGGAGUUACACAGGGAUCUACACUUAAUACUGGAGUACACAGGGAUCUACACUUAAUACUGGAGUUACACAGGGAUCUACACUUAAUACUGGAGUUACACAGGGAUCUACACUUAAUACUGGAGUUACACAGGGAUCUACACUUAAUACUGGAGUUACACAGGGAUCUACACUUAAUACUGGAGUUACACAGGGAUCUACACUUAAUACUGGAGUUACACAGGGAUCUACACUUAUACUGGAGUUACACAGGGAUCUACACUUAAUACUGAGUUACCAGGGAUCUACACUUAAUACUGGAGUUACAGGGGAUCUACACUUAAUACUGGAAGUUACACAGGGAUCUACACUUAAUACUGGAGUUACACAGGGAUCUAGACUUAAUACUGGAGUUACAGGGAUCUACACUUAAUACUGGAGUUACAGGGAUCUACUUAAUACUGGAGUUACAGGGAUCUACACUUAAUACUGGAGUUACAGGGAUCUACACUUAAUACUGGAGUUACAGGGAUCUAGACUUAAUACUGGAGUUACACAGGGAUCUACACUUAAUACUGGAGUUACACAGGGAUCUACACUUAAUACUGGAGUUACACAGGGAUCUACACUUAAUACUGGAGUUACACAGGGAUCUAGACUUAAUACUGGAGUUACACAGGGAUCUACACUUAAUACUGGAGUUACACAGGGAUCUACACUUAAUACUGGAGUUACACAGGGAUCUACACUUAAUACUGGAGUUACACAGGGAUCUACACUUAAUACUGGAGUUACACAGGGAUCUACACUUAAUACUGGAGUUACACAGGGAUCUACACUUAAUACUGGAGUUACACAGGGAUCUACACUUAAUACUGGAGUUACACAGGGAUCUACACUUAAUACUGGAGUUACACAGGGAUCUACACUUAAUACUGGAGUUACACAGGGAUCUACACUUAAUAUAGGGCGGCAGAUAUAGGGCGGCAGGUAGCUUAGUGGUUAAGAGCGUUGUGCCAGUAACCGAAAGGUCGCUGGUUCUAAUCCCCAAGCCGACUAGGUGAAAAAUCUGUCGAUGUGCCCUUGAGCAAGGCACUUAACCCUAAUUGCUCCUGUAAGUCGCUCUGGAUAAGAGCGUCUGCUAAAUAACCAAUUAUUUUAUUAUUAUUAAUACUGGAGUUACACAGGGAUCUACACUUAAUACUGGAGUUACACAGGGAUCUACACUUAAUACUGGAGUUACACGGGGAUCUACACUUAAUACUGGAGUUACAGGGAAGUAGGGCUGAACUCUCUCUCUCUUCCAUCAAAUCCCCCCCUCGCUCUCUGUUGACAGUAGGGGCUAACCCUCAGGGGACAUCGCAGGGUCCUGAUGUUCUAUUGUUACGGUAAAUGAUAAAUCACGCCUGGGGAAGUCUAACUAUAUAUCUGCAGUACAGAGGAGCGGUGGUGGCAGUGGACCAUUACUGGGUCGAAUUGCAGACCAGAUUUUUUGCAGCCUGAGAAUAAUCUGCCAUAUGACAGAAGACUAUAUGUUGGAGAGGAGGCAGCAGCAUAUAAUAUAGCCUACAGAGGUUGACAAUUAUUAGCCUAUAAUAUAGGCUAAUAUUAGCAAAAUUAUAACCUGUUUUGAAUUUUAGAAACACCUGACCGGGACAAACGAUCCUAUGUAGGCCUAUAUGACAUAAAAACCAAUGUUGUCUUUAACCCCGUUUUCUUUUAAACCCUGUCUUAAACCCUGUCUAUAUUCUACCUCGAUCACACAUCCUGCACAUCGCUUACCGUUCAUUGCAAAGGAGGGUAGCGGCAGCUUCCGUGGCUGCUCGUUUCAUCCUCUUCCUAGUUUAGGACAAAUCCCCCCUGACGACGUUAUUCCUUAAAUCCCAUCUAGAACACUGAUAUCGUCCUGAACCUGUUGCGGUUUUGGUUUAUAACUGGGAGAGAGGAAGCUUGCUGCGAUGAGCAGAUGAUUCCCAGACUGCUACAAACCAGGAUGCUAUGACGUCCGCGUCUCAGUGCAGCUGGGAGGAGAGAGACGGAACCUGGGGGCGGGCCGACCAGGGAAAUGGGCGUGUCAGUAUACAUGCAAAUAACAUCCGUUUAGAAGGACUCAACGUUGGGUAGGUCCAGAUACAUGUACAGCGAACCCCGCUCUCUGACAUGUAGGAAUAAGCAAUCCUGUCAACUCCAUUCAUGACAUUUCUGCGACGUCUGCCUACUAAAUGUGGCCCUGCAUGGGUGCUGUUAGGUUUUACAUUUACAAUGCAUAGUGAGUAAAAAAGGGUCUGUCCUCGGUUACAACACUCACUGGAGUGGUGUAAAGCUCGCCUCCAUUGGACUCUGGAGCAGUGGAAACGCACUCUCUGGGUUGAUGAAUCACGCUUCACCAUCUUGCAGUCUGACGGAUUAAUCUGGGUUUGGCGAUUCCAGGAGAACGCCACCUGCCCGAAUGCAUAGUGCCGACUGUAAAGUUUGGUGGAGGAGGAAUAAUGGUCUGAGGCUGUUUUUCAUGGUUCGGGCUCGGCCCCUUAGUUCCAGUGAAGGGAAAUCUUAACGCUACAGCAUACAAUGACAUUCUGUGCUUCCAACUUUGUGGCAACAGUUUGGGGAAGGCCCUUUCCUGUUUCAGCAUGACAAUGCCCCCGUGCACAAAGCGAGGUCCAUACAGAAAUGGUUUGUCGAGAUCGGUGUGGAAGAACUUGACUGGCCUGCACAGAGCCCUGACCUCAACCCCAUCGAACACCUUUGGGCUUAAUUGGAACGCCGACUGCGAGCCAGGCCUAAUCGCCCAACAUCAGUGCCCGACCUCACUAAUGCUCUUAUGGCUGAAUGGAAGCAAGUCCCCACAGCAAUGUUCCAACAUCUAGUGGAAAGCCUUCCCAGAAGAGUGGAGGCUGUUAUAGCAGCAAAGGGGGGACCAACUCCAUAUUAAUGCCCAUUAUUUUGGAAAGAGAUGUUCAACGAGCAGGUGUCCACAUAAUUUUGGUCAUGCAGUGUAGCUAGGUGUGACAACCACACCCUAGUGGGCAUUCGACAUGAUAAAGACGUAUUUUACUGGUUGAAAUCUGGUCUGGACGUCAUAUAAUCAGAUCACAACCAGAUUACGACGUCUUGUACAUGACGUCUUAUUUUGGUUGAUAUCUGGUUUUUGGUUGAAAUCUGAUUGAACUACUGCUCAUUUAUCUAAAUGCUACUCAAUAGGACUGAGGAAAGAUGGCAGACUGAAGAUGGAAGUGCAGAAUGCCUAGUCAAUGCUUAGUGAAAAAGCUUAGAAAUUAAUGUCCCUAAAACAAAUCAUAGUACUUUUACACAGAUUUUUUUAUUUAACCAGGCAAGUCAGUUAAGAACACAAUCUUAUUUACAAUGACGGCCUACCCCGGCCAAUUGUGCGCCGCCCUAUGGGACUCCCAAUCACGGCCGGAUUGUCACACAGCCUGGAAUCGAACCAGGGUCUGUAGUGACGCCUCUAUCACUGAGAUGCAGUGACUUAGACCUCUGUGCCACGUUUACGCUGAUCUCCUCUCAUGUUCUGGGCAACAACAUCCAAACUGGAUAAUAACUCAAAGGCCAGAUAAUUUUAUAGACAAACUUUUGUAAUCAAAAGAAAAACAUGUAGCCAUAUCUCAGACUGGCCAAUAAAAAGAAAAGAUUAAGACGGGCAGUCUGAGAUAUUACUUUUUCUUUGCAACUCUGCCUAGAAGGUCAGCAUCCCGGAGUCGCCUCUUCACUGUUGACGUUGAGAAUGGUGUUUUGCGGGUACUAUUUAAUGAAGCUGCCAGUUGAGGACCUGUGAGGCAUCUGUUUCUCAAACUAGACACUCUAAUGUAUUUGUCCUCUUGCUCAGUUGUGCACUGGGGCCUCCCACUCCUCUUUCUAUUCUGGUUAGAGCCAGUUUGCGCUGUUCUGUGAAGGGAGUAGUACACAGCGUUGUACGAGAUCUUCAGUUUCUUGGCAAUUUCUCGCAUGGAAUAGCCUUCAUUUCUCAGAACAAGAAUAGACUGACGAGUUUCAGAAGAAAGUUAUUUGUUUCUGGCCGUUUUGAGCCUGUGAUCGAACCCACAAUUGCUGAUGCUCCAGAUACUCAACUAGUCUAUAGAAGGCCAGUUUUAUUGCUUCUUUAAUCAGCACAACAGUUUUCAGCUGUGCUAACAUAAUUGCAAAAGGGUUUUCUAAUGAUCAUUUAGCCUUUUAAAAUGAUAAACUUGGAUUAGCAAACACAACGUGCCAUUGGAACACAGGACUGAUGGUUGCUGAUAAUGGGCCUCUGUACGCCUAUGUAGAUAUUCCAUUACAAAAUCAGCCGUUUCCAGCUACAAUAGCUAUUUACAACAUUAACAAUAUCUACAACUGUAUUUCUGAUCAAUUUAAUGUUAUUUUAAUGGACAAAAAAUUUGUACUGUAGUUUAUGUGGUUAACAGAAAAUCACGGACUACAGUAGGAAAACCAUCCACGUCGCGGUCAUCAACAUCUUGCUGCCAGACAAGCUAAACAAGUUAUUUGCCUGCUUUGAGGAUAACACAGUGCCACCGACGCGGCCUGCUACCAAUAAUUGUGGCUCUCCUUCUCCGUGGCCGAUGUGAGUAAGACAUUUAAACGUGUUAACCCUCGCAAGGCUGCCGGCCCAGACGGCAUUCCUAGCCGCGUCCUCAGAGCAUGCGCAGACCAGCUGGCUGGUGUGUUUACGGACAUAUUCAAUCUCUCCCUAUCCCAGUCUGCUGUCCCCACAUGCUUCAAGAUGGCCACCAUUGUUCCUGUACCCAAGAAUGCAAAGGUAACUGAACUAAAUGACUAUCGCCCCAUAGCACUCACCUCUGUCAUCAUGAAGUGCUUUGAGAGACUAGUCAAGGAUCAUAUCACCUCUACCUUACCUGUCGCCCUAGACCCACUUCAAUUUGCUUACCGCCCCAAUAGAUCCACAGACGAUGCAAUCGCCAUCACACUGCACACUGCCCUAACCCAUCUGGACAAGAGGAAUACCUAUGUAAGAAUGUUGUUCAUUGACUAUAGCUCAGCCUUCAACACCAUAGUACCCUCCAAGCUCAUCAUUAAGCUCGAGGCCCUGGGUCUGAACCCCGCCCUGUGCAACUGGGUCCUGGACUUCCUGACGGGCCGCCCCCAGGUGGUGAAGGUAGGAAACAAUAUCUCCACUUCCCUGAUCCUCAACACAGGGGCCCCACAAGGGUGCGUGCUCAGCCCCCUCCUGUACUCCCUGUUCACCAAUGUACACCUCCAACUCAAUCAUCAAGUUUGCAAACAACACAACAGUAGUAGGCUUGAUUACCAACAACGAUGAGACAGCCUACGGGGAGGAGGUGAGGGCUCUCGGAGUGUGGUGUCAGGAAAAUAACCUCUCCCUCAACGUCAACAAAACAAAGGAGAUGCUCGUGGACUUCAGGAAACAGCAGAGGGAGCACCCCCCUAUCCACAUCGACGGGACAGCAGUGGAGAAGGUGGAAAGUUUUAAGUUCCUCUGCGUACAUAUCAAUGACAAACUUAAAUGGUUCACCCACACAGACAGUGUGGUGAAGAAGGCGCAACAGCGUCUCCUCAACCUCAGGAGGCUGAAGAAAUUUGGCUUAGCCCCCAAAACCCUCACAAACUUUUACAGAUGCGCAAUUGAGAGCAUCCUGUCGGGCUGUAUCACCACCUGGUACGGCAACGGCACCGCCCGCAACCGCAGGGCUCUCCAGAGGGUGGUGCGGUCUGCACAACACAUCACCGGGGACAAACUACCUGCCCUCCAGGACACCUACAGCACCCGAUGUCACAGGAUGGCCAAAAAGAUAAUCAAGGACAACUACCACCUGCCUGUUCACCCCGCUAUCAUCCAGAAGGAGAGGUCAGUACAGGUACAUCAAAGCUGGGAUCGAGAGACUGAAAAACAGCUUCUAUCUCAAGGCCAUCAGACUGUUAAACAGUCAUCACUAGCACAGAGAGGCUGCUGCCUACAUACAGACUUGAAAAUCACUGGCCACUUUAAUAAAUGGAACACUAGUCACUUUAAUAAUGCCACUUUAAUAAUGUUGACAUAUCUUGCAUUACCCAUCUCAUAUGUAUUUACUGUAUUCUAUACUAUCUAUUGCAUCUUAGCCUAUGCCACUCUGAUAAUGACAUUGCUCAUCCAUAUAUUUAUAUAUUCCUAUUACAUUCCUUUACUUAGAUUUGCGUGUAUUAGAUAUUUGUCGUGGAACUGCUAGAUAUUACUGCACUGUUGGAACUAGAAGCACAAGCAUUUAGCAAAAACGUCUGAUCCAGAGCGACUUACAAAUUGGUGCAUUCAACUUAUGAUAGCCAGUGGGACAACCACUUUUAUUUUUAUUUUUAUGGGGGGGGGGGGGGGGGGGGGGGGAGAAGGAUUACUUUAUACUAUUCCAGGUAUUCCUUAAAGAGGUGGGGUUUCAAGUGUCUCCGGAAGGUGGUCAGUGACUCUUCUGUCCUGGCGUCGUGGGGGAGCUUGUUCCACCAUUGGGGUGCCAGAGCAGCGAAUAGCUUUGACUGGGCUGAGCGGGAACUGUGCUUCCGUAGAGGUAGGGGAGCUAGCAGGCCAGAGGUGGAUGAAUGUAGUGCCCUCGUUUGGGUGUAGGGUCUGAUCAGAGCCUGAAGGUAAGGAGGUGCCGUUCCCCUCACAGCUCCGUAGGCAAGCACCAUGGUCUUGUAGUAGAUGCCAGCCUCAACUGGAAGCCAGUGGAGUGUGUGAAGGAGCGGGGUGACAUGAGAGAACUUGGGAAGGUCGAACACCAGACGGGCUGCAGCGUUCUGGAUAAGUUGCAGUGGUUUAAUGGCACAGGCAGGGAGCCCAGCCAACAGCGAGUUGCAGUAAUCCAGACGGGAGAUGACAAGUGCCUGGAUUAGGACCUGUGCCGCUUUCUGUGUACGGUAGGGUCGUACUCUCCGAAUGUUGUAGAGCAUGAACCUACAGGAUCGGGUCACCGCUUUGAUGUUAGCGGAGAAUGACAGGGUGUUUUCCAGGGUCACGCCGAGGUUCUUUGCACUCUGGGAGGAGGACACAAUGGAGUUGUCAACCGUGAUGGCGAGAUCAUGGAGCGGGCAGUGCUUCCCCGGGAGGAAGAGCAGCUCCGUCUUGCCGAGGUUCAGCUUGAGGUGGUGAUCUGACAUCCACACUGAUAUGUCUGCCAGACAUGCAGAGAUGCGAUUUACCACCUGAUUAUCAGAAGGGGGAAAGGAGAAAAUUAAUUGUGUGUCGUCUGCGUAGCAAUGAUAGGAGAGGCCAUGUGAGGAUAUGACAGAGCCAAGUGACUUGGUGUAUAGAGAGAAUAGGAGAGGGCCUAGAACUGAGCCCUGGGGGACACCAGUGGUGAGAGCACAUAGUGCAGAGACAGAUUCUCGCCACGCCACCUGGUAGGAGCGACCUGUCAGGUAGGACGCAAUCCAAGAGUGAGCAGCGCCGGAGAUGCCCAACUCAGAGAGGGUGGAGAGGAGGAUCUGAUGGUUCACAGUAUCAAGGGCAGCGGAUAGGUCUAGAAGGAUAAGAGCAGAGAAGAGAGAGUUAGCUUUAGCAGUGCGGAGAGCCUCCGUGACACAUAGAAGAUAAGUCUCAGUUGAAUGACCAGUCUUGAAACCUGACUGGUUUGGAUGAAGAAGGUCAUUCUGAGAGAGAAAGCGGGAGAGUUGGCUAGAGAUGGCACGCUCAAGAGUUUUGGAGAAAAAAGAAAGAUGGGAUACUGGUCUGUAGUUGUUGACAUCGGAGGGAUCGAGAGUAGGUUUUUUGAGGAGGGGUGCAACUCUCGCUCUCUUGAAGACGGAAGGGACAUGGCCAGCGGUCAAGGAUGAGUUGAUGAGCGAGGUGAGGUAAGGGAGAAGGUCUCCGGAAAUGGUCUGGAGAAGAGAGGAGGGGAUAGGGUCAAGUGGGCAGGUUGUUGGGCGGCUGGCCAUCACAAGUCACAAGAUUUCAUCUGGAGAGAGAGGGGAGAAAGAAGUCAAAGCAUAGGGUAGGGCAGUGUGAGCAGGACCAGCGGUGUCAUUUGACUUAAUAAAUGAGGAUCGGAUGUCGUUAACCUUCUUUUCAAAAUGGUUGACGAAGUCAUCCACAGAGAGGGAGGAGGGAGGGAGAGGAGGAUGAUUCAGCAGGGAGGAGAAGGUGGCAAAGAGCUUCCUAGGGUUAGAGGCAGAGGCUUGAAAUUUAGAGUGGUAGAAAGUGGCUUUAGCAGCGGAAACAGAGGAAGAGAAUGUAGAGAGGAGGGAGUGAAAAGAUGACAGGUCCGCAGGGAGUCUAGUUUUCCUUCAUUUCUGCUCGGCUGCCCGGAGCCCUCUUCUGUGAGCUCGCAAUGAGUCGUCAAGCCACGGAGCAGGAGGGGAGGACUGAGCCGGCCGGGAGGAUAGGGGACAUAGAGAGUCAAAAGAUGCAGAAAGUGAGGAGAGGAGGGUUGAGGAGGCAGAAUCAGGAGAUCGGAGGGAGAAGGAUUUAGCAGAGGGAAGAGAUGAUAGGACGGAAGAGGAGAGAGUAGCGGGAGAGAGAGAGAGCGAAGGUUGCGACGGCACAUUACCAUUUGUGUAGGGGCAGAGUGAGUAGUGUUGGAGGAGAGCGAGAGAGAAAAGGAUACAAAGUAGUGGUCGGAGACUUGGAGGGGAGUUGCAGUGAGAUUAGUAGAAGAACAGCAUCUAGUAAAGAUGAGGUCAAGAGUAUUGCCUGCCUUGUGAGUAGGGGGGGAAGGUGAGAGGGUGAGGUCAAAAGAGGAGAGGAGUGGAAAGAAGGAGGCUGAGAGAAAUGAGUCAAAUGUAGACGUAGGGAGGUUGAAAUCCCCCAGAACUGUGAGGGGUGAGCCAUCCUCAGGAAAGGAACUUAUCAAGGCGUCGAGCUCAUUGAUGAACUCUCCAAGGGAACCUGGCCAUCUAAUAGAACUAGGCCAUCUAAUAGAACUAGGCCAUCUAAUAGAACUAGGCCAUCUAAUAGAUCUAGGCCAUCCAAUAGAACUAGGCCAUCUAAUAGAACUAGGCCAUCUAAUAGAACUAGGCCAUCUAAUAGAACUAGGCCAUCUAACAGAACUAGGCCAUCUAACAGAACUAGGCCAUCUAAUAGAACUAGGCCAUCUAAUAGAACUAGGCCAUCUAAUAGAACUAGGCCAUCUAAUAGAACUAGGCCAUCUAAUAGAACUAGGCCAUCUAAUAGAACUAGGCCAUCUAAUAGAACUAGGCCGUCUAAUAGAACUAGGCCAUCCAAUAGAACUAGGCCAUCUAACAGAACUAGGCCAUCUAAUAGAACUAGGCCAUCUAAUAGAACUAGGCCAUCUAAUAGAACUAGGCCGUCUAAUAGAACUAGGCCAUCCAAUAGAACUAGGCCAUCUAAUAGAACUAGGCCAUCCAAUAGAUCUAGGCCAUCCAAUAGAACUAGGCCAUCUAAUAGAACUAGGCAAUCUAACAGAACUAGGCCAUCCAAUAGAACUAGGCCAUCUAACAGAACUAGGCCAUCUAAUAGAACUAGGCCUUCUAAUAGAACUAGGCCAUCUAAUAGAACUAGGCCAUCUAACAGAACUAGGCCAUCUAAUAGAACUAGGCCAUCUAAUAGAACUAGGCCAUCUAAUAGAACUAGGCCAUCUAACAGAACUAGGCCAUCUAAUAGAACUAGGCCAUCUAAUAGAACUAGGCCAUCUAAUAGAACUAGGCCGUCUAAUAGAACUAGGCCAUCCAAUAGAACUAGGCCAUCUAUUAGAACUAGGCCAUCUAAUAGAAAUAGGCCAUCCAAUAGAACUAGGCCAUCUAAUAGAACUAGGCCAUCUAACAGAACUAGGCCAUCUAACAGAACUAGGCCAUCUAAUAGAACUAGGCCAUCUAAUAGAACUAGGCCAUCUAAUAGAACUAGGCCAUCUAAUAGAACUAGGCCAUUUAAUAGAACUCGGCCAUCUAAUAGAACUAGGCCAUCUAAUAGAACUAGGCCAUCUAAUAGAACUAGGCCAUCUAAUAGAACUAGGCCAUCUAAUAGAACUAGGCCAUCUAAUAGAACUAGGCCAACUAAUAGAACUAGGCCAUCUAAUAGAACUAGGCCAUCUAAUAGAACUAGGCCAUCUAACAGAACUAAGCCAUCUAAUAGAACUAGGCCAUCCAAUAGAACUAGGCCCUCCAAUAUAACUAGGCCAUCUAAUAGAACUAGGCCAUCCAAUAGAACUAGACCAUCUAAUAGAACUAGGCCAUCUAAUAGAACUAGGCCAUUUAAUAAAACUUGGCCAUCUAAUAGAACUAGGCCAUCCAAUAUAACUAGGCCCUCCAAUAGAACUAGGCCAUCCCAUAGAAUUAGGCCCUCCAAUAGAACUAGGCCAUCCAAUAGAACUAGGCCCUCCAAUAUAACUAGGCCAUCCAAUAGAACUAGGCCAUCUAAUAGAACUAGGCCAUCCAAUAGAACUAGGCCAUCUAAUAGAACUAGGCCAUCUAAUAGAACUAGGCCAUCUAAUAGAACUAGGCCAUCCAAUAGAACUAGGCCAUCCAAUAGAACUAGGCCAUCUAAUAGAACUAGGCCAUCUAAUAGAACUAGGCCAUCUAAUAGAACUAGGCCAUCCAAUAGAACUAGGCCAUCUAAUAGAACUAGGCCAUCUAACAGAACUAGGCCAUCUAAUAGAACUAGGCCUUCUAAUAGAACUAGGCCAUCUAAUAGAACUAGGCCAUCUAACAGAACUAGGCCAUCUAAUAGAACUAGGCCAUCUAAUAGAACUAGGCCAUCUAAUAGAACUAGGCCAUCUAACAGAACUAGGCCAUCUAAUAGAACUAGGCCAUCUAAUAGAACUAGGCCAUCUAAUAGAACUAGGCCGUCUAAUAGAACUAGGCCAUCCAAUAGAACUAGGCCAUCUAUUAGAACUAGGCCAUCUAAUAGAAAUAGGCCAUCCAAUAGAACUAGGCCAUCUAAUAGAACUAGGCCAUCUAACAGAACUAGGCCAUCUAACAGAACUAGGCCAUCUAAUAGAACUAGGCCAUCUAAUAGAACUAGGCCAUCUAAUCGAACUAGGCCAUCUAAUAGAACUAGGCCAUCUAAUAGAACUAGGCCAUCUAAUAGAACUAGGCCAUCUAAUAGAACUAGGCCAUCUAAUAGAACUAGGCCAUCUAACAGAACUAGGCCAUCCAAUAGAACUAGGCCAUCCAAUAGAACUAGGCCGUCUAAUAGAACUAGGCCAUCUAAUAGAACUAGGCCAUCCAAUAGAACUAGGCCAUCUAAUAGAACUAGGCCAUCUAAUAGAACUAGGCCAUCCAAUUGAACUAGGCCAUCUAAUAGAACUAGGCCAUCUAAUAGAACUAGGCCAUCCAAUUGAACUAGGCCAUCUAAUAGAACUAGGCCAUCUAAUAGAACUAGGCCAUCCAAUAGAACUAGGCCAUCUAAUAGAACUAGGCCAUCUAAUAGAACUAGGCCAUCUAAUAGAACUAGGCCAUCCAAUAGAUCUAGGCCAUCCAAUAGAACUAGGCCAUCUAAUAGAACUAGGCCAUCCAAUAGAACUAGGCCAUCUAAUAGAACUAGGCCAUCCAAUAGAACUAGGCCAUCUAAUAGAACUAGGCCAUCUAAUAGAACUAGGCCGUCUAAUAGAACUAGGCCAUCUAAUAGAACUAGGCCAUCUAAUAGAACUAGGCCAUCUAAUCGAACUAGGCCAUCUAAUAGAACUAGGCCAUCUAAUAGAACUAGGCCAUCUAAUAGAACUAGGCCAUCUAAUAGAACUAGGCCAUCUAAUAGAACUAGGCCAUCUAACAGAACUAGACCAUCCAAUAGAACUAGGCCAUCCAAUAGAACUAGGCCGUCUAAUAGAACUAGGCCAUCUAAUAGAACUAGGCCAUCUAACAGAACUAGGCCAUCUAAUAGAACUAGGCCGUCUAAUAGAACUAGGCCAUCUAAUAGAACUAGGCCAUCUAAUAGAACUAGGCCAUCUAAUAGAACUAGGCCAUCUAACAGAACUAGGCCAUCUAAUAGAAAUAGGCCAUCUAAUAGAACUAGGCCAUCUAAUAGAACUACGCCAUCCAAUAGAACUAGGCCAUCUAUUAGAACUAGGCCAUCUAAUAGAACUAGGCCAUCUAAUAGAACUAGGCCAUCUAAUAGAACUAGGCCAUCUAUUAGAACUAGGCCAUCUAAUAGAACUAGGCCAUCUAAUAGAACUAGGCCAUCCAAUAGAACUAGGCCAUCUAUUAGAACUAGGCCAUCUAAUAGAACUAGGCCAUCUAAUAGAACUAGGCCAUCUAAUAGAACUAGGCCAUCUAAUAGAACUAGGCCAUCCAAUAGAACUAGGCCAUCUAUUAGAACUAGGCCAUCUAAUAGAACUAGGCCAUCUAAUAGAACUAGGCCAUCUAAUAGAACUAGGCCAUCUAAUUGAACUAGGCCAUCUAAUAGAACUAGGCCAUCUAAUAGAACUAGGCCAUCUAAUUGAACUAGGCCAUCUAAUAGAACUAUGCCAUCUAAUAGGACUAGGCCAUCUAAUAGAACUAGGCCAUCUAUUAGAACUAGGCCAUCUAAUAGAACUAGGCCAUCUAAUAGAACUAGGCCAUCCAAUAGAACUAGGCCAUCUAAUAGAACUAGGCCAUCUAAUAGAACUAGGCCAUCUAAUAGAACUAGGCCAUCUAAUAGAACUAGGCCAUCUAAUAGAACUAGGCCAUCUAAUAGAACUAGGCCAUCUAAUAGAACUAGGCCAUCUAAUAGAACUAGGCCAUCUAAUAGAACUAGGCCAUCCAAUAGAACUAGGCCAUCUAAUAGAACUAGGCCAUCUAAUAGAACUAGGCCAUCCAAUUGAACUAGGCCAUCUAAUAGAACUAGGCCAUCUAAUAGAACUAGGCCAUCCAAUUGAACUAGGCCAUCUAAUAGAACUAGGCCAUCUAAUAGAACUAGGCCAUCCAAUAGAACUAGGCCAUCUAAUAGAACUAGGCCAUCUAAUAGAACUAGGCCAUCCAAUUGAACUAGGCCAUCUAAUAGAACUAGGCCAUCUAAUAGAACUAGGCCAUCUAAUAGAACUAGGCCAUCCAAUUGAACUAGGCCAUCUAAUAGAACUAGGCCAUCUAACAGAACUAGGCCAUCCAAUAGAACUAGGCCAUCCAAUAGAACUAGGCCGUCUAAUAGAACUAGGCCAUCUAAUAGAACUAGGCCAUCUAAUAGAACUAGGCCAUCUAAUAGAACUAGGCCAUCUAAUAGAACUAGGCCAUCUAAUAGAACUAGGCCAUCCAAUUGAACUAGGCCAUCUAAUAGAACUAGGCCAUCUAAUAGAACUAGGCCAUGCAAUAAGGUGUUUCUUGUCCUGUGUAUCUGGUAUGUGUCUUGUCCUGUGUAUCCGGUAUCUGUCCGUAGAGGGCACUGUUGCACCCUGAGCAGAUGUAGUUGCAGAGGGCUUUUUUUUUGCUUUCUGUUUGGUUUCUAGUGAAUACACCCCUGAUGCUGUGAGCAAGGUUACGGUUCCCCUGUUUUAGAAAGAGAUACGGACCAGCACCAGCUGGGUUACAAUGCCUUCAGCAAGUAUUCAUAGCCAUUUACUUAUUCCUCAUUUUGUUGCCUGAAAUCAAAAUGGAUUCAAUAGUUUUUUCUCUCACCCAUCCACACACAAUACCCCAUAAUGUCAAAGUGAAACAUGUUUGAAAAUGAAAUACAGAAGUAUUCACAUCCCUGAGUCAAUACAUGUUAGAAUCACCUUUGGCAGCGAUUACAGCUGUGAGUCUUUCUGGGUAAGUCUCUAAGAGCUUUGCACACCUAGAUUGUACAUUAUUUCACAUUUUUUAUUUUAGAAAUUCUUAAAGCUCUGUCAAGUUGGUUGUUGAUCAUUGCUAGACAGCCAUUUCCAAGUCUUGCCAUAUAUUUUCAAGCUGAUUUAAGUCAAAACUGUAACUAGCCACUCAGGAACAUUCAAUGUAGUCUUGGUAACCAACUCCAGUGUGUAUUUGGCCUUGUGUUUAAGGUUAUUGUGCUGCUGAUAGGUGAAUUUCUCUCCCAUUGUCUGUUGGAAAGCAGACUGAACCAGGAUUUUGUCUGUGCUUAGCUCUAUUCCAUUUAUUUUUAUACAACAAAACUCCCUAGUACUUGCCGAUGACAAGCAUACCCAUAACACGAUGCAGCCACCACCAUGCUUGAAAAUAUGAGGAGUUUUACUCAGUGAUGUGUUGUAUUGGAUUUGCCCCAAAACAUAACACUUUCUAUUCAGGACUGUCACGAACGUUGAGAGACGGGUCGGACCAGGGUGCGGCGUGAAAAGCGUACAUGUUUAUUACCUCAAUAAACAUACAACAAAACAAGAAAACAACGUAACGUGAAGUCCAACGGGCUAUACACACACCAGACUAACAGGAACAACAUCCCACAUUACACAGUAGGCAAUGGGCUACCUAAGGAUGAUCCCCAAUCAGAGACAACGAUAGACAGCUGCCUCUGAUUGGGAAUCACACCCGGCCAGACAUAGAAAUAGACUAACUAGAACCUAAACAUAGAAUAUACAACCUAGAUUUCCACACCCUGACUCAACAAACAAGAGUUCUAUAGGUCAGAUCGUGACAAGGACAAAAAGUUAAUUUCUUUGACGUAUUUCUUGCAGUUUUACUUUAGUGCCUUGUUGCAAACAUGAUGCAUGUUUUGGAAUAUUUUAUUUCUGCACAGGCUUCCUUCUUUUCACUCUGUCAAUUAGGUUAGUAUUGUGGAGUAAGUACAAUGUUGUUGAUCCAUCCUCAGUUUUCUCCUAUCACAGCCAUUAAACUCUGUAACUGUUUUAAAGUCACCUCAUGGUGAAAUCCCUGAGCGGUUUCCUUCCUCUCCGGCAACGGAGUUAGGAAGGACGCCUGUAUCUUUGUAGUUACUGGGUGUAUUGAUACACCAUCCAAAGUAUAAUUAAUAACUUCACCAUGCCCAAAGGGAUAUUCAAUAUCUGCUUUUUUUUUAUUUGUACCCAUCUACCAAUAGGUGCCCUUCUUUGCAAGGCAUUGGAAAACCUCCCUGGUCUUUGUGGUUGAAUCUGUGUUCAAAAUUCAUUUCUCAACUGAGGGACCUUAGAGAUAAUUGUAUGUGUGGGGUACAGAGAUGAGGUAGUCAUUCAAAAAUCACACACACACACAAAGUAAACAUAUACCCUUCACCACCACAUCUGCUGAAAUACAGACAGAUCGAGAGAGAGAGAGACACAAAGAGAUGGACAGAUCAGUGAGUGAGGGAAGAAGAGAGAGGGAGAGAGAGAGAUGGACAGAUGAGUGAGUGAGAGAGGGAAAGAGAGAGAGACAGAGAGAGAGAGAGAGAGAGAGAGAGAGAGAGAGAGAGAGAGAGAAGGACAGAUGAGUGAGUGCGAGAGGGAGAGAGGCAGAGAGAGACAGAGAGAGACAGAGAGAGACCGAGAGAGACCGAGAGAGACAGAGAGAGAGAGAGAGAGGAGAGGAGAGGAGAGAGAGAGACUUUGACUUUUGUCUUUCUUUAAUGAUACAUCCUCAUUUAAUUUCAUUAAACCCUCACCACCCCCCCCCCCCCCCCCCCCCCCCUUUAAAAACUAAAUAUCCCCUGUACUGCAUACUCACCUUGCCCUCUACCCCACGAUACAAAAACAACACCACACAUCACAAUAACCUUACCACUUCUACAACCGUACAUCCAAUCCAUCUUCCCCAACUGUACAGACAGCCCCCCGACACACCAUAUCUCCUGAAACAUCUCCACACUGUUUAUCAUUUUGACUAAACUCCCUCGUACACCUUCAGACUAGUCUCUAGCGCCUGCAUAUCCUGCCCAUCCCUGACCAUCACAGAAACGUAAUCUGCAUACGCCGACACUGCUUUGACUGUCAACACACCCGUGCCUGUCCAGCAGACUCCCUGCAGUCUCCUGCGUAGCAGGCCCAAAAAAGGCUCAAUGGCUAGUGUAUAACUGCCCUGAUAGAGGGCAUCCUUGUCUAAUUCCCCGCCUCCCCCAGACUGGCCUACUGAGCCCCCCUCCCACCUUGACCAUACAUGACGCCCCAGCAUACAACAUCUUCACACAGGCCAAAAACCUUUCCCCAAACCCAAACACAGACAUCACAUUAAACAUAUACAUUUUAAAAUUUUUAGUCAUUAAGCAGACGCUCUUAUCCAGAGCGACUUACAGUUAGUGAGUGCAUGCAUUUUUCAAACAUAUACUCAUGGUCCAAUCUAUCAAAAGCCUUCUCUUGAUCUAAAGAGACCAGUCCAAAGUUCACAUUAGAAGUCCAACAUGUCCCUGAUUAAGAACAAGUUGUCCGUGAUUGAGCGUCUCGGUACACAAUGUCUGGUCCUUGUGUACUAUAGAGUCCAGAUGGGACUUCAGUCUGUCAGCGAGGACCUUGGCAAAUAUCUUGUAGUCUGCACAGAGCAAUGCCACAGGCCUCCAGUUCUUAAGUUCACACAAGUCCCCUUUUUUGGGAAGGAGAGUCAGAGCCGCCCGACGACAGCUCAUCAGCAACCCCAACGCACACACGUAACACGCAAAAGAAGUCCAGUUCAAUUAUUACAGUGUAGUAGACCCUUACGCACAGCUGUGACCCACUUCCUCAACGUACCCCAUACCCCUCAUUUUUCAUAGCGUGUUGUACUGAUCUUACAAACUUCCCCGGAUCGCAAACUUCCCUUUAGCUUCAUUCAGGAACCUUGACAGUUCCCUCACCAUGUACUUUGACCCCUCUGACUGACUGGCUGUCAGCUCUGGAUCCAUUGAGGAGGUGUCUGAAAAGAAAUCCUUCUCAUCGUCCUCUUCCUCAGACUAACCUUCCUCCUCCUCAUCUCCAUCUCCCAUCCUGACCACCUGCUCUUCCUCUCUAGUCGGGGCCUCCCCCCCAGCACCAGACAAAGGUUCCUUGGAGCCUUUCACCACACCAGCCUCUCCCCUCCCACCUCCUUUCUUCUCCCCCUUUUUCCUCUUCCGCUUGACACCCUCCUCCACCCCCCCUAGUCACUUACCCUUCCCCACUACACUCUCCUCAUCCACUGGCAUAACCUGACUAGACCCAGCCUCAUCUACACCACCAUCUAUAGCAUGACUAGGCCCAGCCUCAUCUACACCACCAUCUAUAGCAUGACUAGGCCCAGCCUCAUCUACACCACCAUCUAUAGCAUGACUAGACCCAGCCUCAUCUACACAACCAUCUACAGCAUGACUAGACCCAGCCCCAUCUGCACCACCAUCUAUAGCAUGACUAGACCCAGCCUCAUCUACACCACCAUCUAUAGCAUUAGACCCAGCCUCAUCUACACCACCAUCUAUAGCAUUAGACCCAGCCCCAUCUACACCACCAUCUAUAGCAUGACUAGACCCAGCCCCAUCUACACCACCAUCUAUAGCAUUAGACCCAGCCUCAUCUACACCACCAUCUAUAACAUGACUAGACCCAGCCUUAUCUACACCACCAUCUAUAGCAUGACUAGACCCAGCCUCAUCUACACCACCAUCUAUAGCAUGACUAGACCCAGCCUCAUCUACACCACCAUCUAUAGCAUGACUGGGCCCAGCCUCAUCUACACCACCAUCUAUAGCAUGACUAGGCCCAGCCUCUGCUGCCUGCGUCUCAUGGCCUCCUGCACGUUGACCUCUAUUUCCCCCACUGGUGCUUGAACCCUCACCUUGUCUACGGUCUUUAUGUGGGCACGCAAAGCUCUUAUGCCCCAAAUCCACACACUCAAAACAACGCAGACUAUCUGUGCUGAGAAACCCUGUGUAGAGCCCCUCCCCAUGCCUCACUUUAAAAUGCACAUUUAACUGUUGCUCAUUGUUGUUCAGAAACAUAAACACUUGCCUCCGGAACGAAACAACAUGCUUAACGACAUAUGCCUGAGGAGAGAGAGAAAAGGGGGGGAAAAGGAGAGAGAGAGAGGAAAAAAGAAGAGAGAGAAGAAGGGGGAAGGGGGUUUUUUUUAAAAAAAUUUUUUUUUUUCCCCCUCCUCCCCCUCUCUCCCCCUCUUCUUCUAGUUUCCCCCCUUUUCCUUUUUUUUUUUUCUCUCUUUUUUUUCCCCCCCCCUCCCUCUUUUUUUUUUCGCCCCUUUUUGCCCCCCCCCGUUUUUUUUUUUUUUUUUUCUCCUCCCUUUUUUUUUCCGUUUUUUCUUUUUCUCUCUCUCCCUCUCCUCUCUCUCUCCUCCCCUCCCUCCCCCUCCCCCUCUCUCCCCCCCAUUUCCCUUCUCUCUCUCUUCCCCCCUUCCGCUCUCUUUUCCUUUUAAAAACUCCUUCUGUCCUUUUUCCCUUCCUCUUCUCCCCUCCCUCUCCCUCUUUUUCAAUCCUCCCCUCUCCCCCCCGUUUUAAAUAAAAUUUCCCCCUCUCUCCCCCCUGUUAUUACUCCUCCUCUCUCCCCUCUGUUUUAUACAUCCUCCUCUCUCCCCCUGUUAAUAAUCCCCUCCCCCCCCCUCUCUCCCCUCUGUUUUACAUCCUCCUCUCCCCCUCUGUUAUAUACAUCCUCCUCUCCCCCCCAAAACCCCCCUUUUUCUGUUUCCCAAAACCUCCCUCCCCCCCUCUUUUUUCUCCUCCCUCUCCCCCUGUUUUCUCCUCCUUCUCCCCUCUGUUAUAUACAUCCUCCUCUCUCCCCCUCCCCCCUUAUAACUCCUCCUCUCUCCCCCCUGUUUUCCCCCCUCCUCCUCUCCCCUUUUGUUUUUAUACACCCCCCUCCCCUUCCCCCCCCUUUUUAUACUCCUCCUCUUUCCCCCUUUUUAUACAACCUUUCUCCUCGUUUCUCUCCCUUCCCUCUGUUUUACAAAAUUUCCCCCCUCUUCCCUCUGUUAUAACACCUCCUCUUCCCCGUUAAACAUCCCCUUUCCCCCCCUUUUUCCUCCUCCCCCUUCCCCUCUGUUAUAUACAUCCGCCGUCUCUUCCUCGGUUAUAUACAUCCUCCCUGUCCCUCUGUUAUAUACACCCUCCUCUGUUCCCUCUGUUAUAUACAUCCUCCUCUCUCCCCUCUGUUAUAUACAUCCUCCUCUCUCCCCUCUGUUAUAUACAUCCUCCUCUCUUCCCUCUGUUAUAUACAUCCUCCUCUCUCCCCUCUGUUAUAUACAUCUUCCUCUCUAUGACGCUUCCUGUCACAUCCUUUUCUUCUGGCCAUUAAAGCCCAGAGCUCCUCUCUUCUCCUCUUCAUGGUUGGUGCCCUUUUUCUCAGCAACCACCCUCUUCUUCUUCUCCUUCUUCUCCUCCUCCUUCUCCUCCUCCUCCUCCUCCUCCUCCUCCUCCUCCUCCUCCUCCUUCUUCUUCUUCUUCUUCUUCUUCUUCUUCUUCUUCUUCUUCUUCUGUAGAUUAUUUGAACUUCUUUAUACCUUCUCAUUUCAGCUUUAAGGUCUUCAGAGAAAUCACCUCUUAAACCCACCUCUUGUUUUUUUCUGACUUGCAAUAAUAUUAUAAUAUAAAAUAUAUGUAUAAUAUAUUUUAUAUAUCUAAAUAUAAGGUUCAAUUUUAUGUGUUGUCUGACACAAACAGACACACACACACACACACACACACACACACACACACACACACACACACACACACACACACACACACAUGAUUCACAGCCUAGAACAGGCAAUAAUCUCUUAAUGAUUACUACUCCCCUCACAAUUAACACUUCCGUGUGUCUGAGUGUGUGUGUUUCCUAUACUCAGCGGUUUAAGGUGUAAUCUCACCACACAGAACCAGAGGCAGAGUCGCUGUCAUUCCCAUGGGAAAAUACUAAUGAGUAUAUUCUAAAUCACAUGAAGUCACAGAUAAAUUAGUUUGGGGCUUUUUGAAUAUUUUCAUUAUUUUGUCCUGAACCGUUUCUGAAUGUGAAUUAGAAAUGAAUUGAGAGGAGGGAUUGGAUUGUCUAUCUCCCCUAUAACAGUAUGCCAUCCUAUCUCUCCUAUAACAGUAUACCAUCCUAUCUCUCUCUACAGCCUAUAACAGUAUACCAUCCUAUCUCUCCUAUAACAGUAUACCAUCCUAUCUCUCUACAGCCUAUAACAGUAUGCCAUCCUAUCUCUUCUAUAACAGUAUACCAUCCUAUCUCUCUCUACAGCCUAUAGCAGUAUACCAUCCUAUCUCUCUCUACAGCCUAUAACAGUAUACCAUCCUAUCUCUCCUAUAACAGUAUACCAUCCUAUCUCUCUCUACAGCCUAUAACAGUAUACCAUCCUAUUUCUCUCUACAGCCUAUAACAGUAUACCAUCCUAUCUCUCCUAUAACAGUAUACCAUCCUAUCUCUCUACAGCCUAUAACAGUAUGCCAUCCUAUCUCUUCUAUAACAGUAUACCAUCCUAUCUCUCUCUACAGCCUAUAGCAGUAUACCAUCCUAUCUCUCUCUACAAGCCUAUAACAGUAUACCAUCCUAUCUCUCCUAUAACAGUAUACCAUCCUAUCUCUCUCUACAGCCUAUAACAGUAUACCAUCCUAUUUCUCUCUACAGCCUAUAACAGUAUGCCAUCCUAUCUCUCCUAUAACAGUAUACCAUCCUAUUUCUCUCUACAGCCUAUAGCAGUAUACCAUCCUAUCUCUCUCUACAGCCUAUAACAGUAUACCAUCCUAUCUCUCCUAUAGCAGUAUACCAUCCUAUCUCUAUACAGCCUAUAACAGUAAACCAUCCUAUCUCUCCUAUAACAGUAUACCAUACUAUCUCUCUCUACAGCCUAUAACAGUAUACAAUCCUAUCUCUCUAUACAGCCUAUAACAGUAUGCCAUCCUAUCUCUCCUAUAGCAGUAUACCAUCCUAUCUCUCUAUACAGCCUAUAACAGUAUACCAUCCUAUCUCUCUCUACAGCCUAUAAUAAUAAUAAUAAUAUGCCAUUUAGCAUGUGUAUGGGUGGUCCCGGGGAUCGAACCCACUACCUUGGCGUUACAAGCGCCGUGCUCUACCAGCUGAGCUACAGAGAACCACCGCCUAUAACAGUAUGCCAUCCUAUCUCUCUCUACAGCCUAUAACAGUAUGCCAUCCUAUCUCUCCUAUAACAGUAUACCAUCCUAUCUUUCUAUACACCCUACAACAGUAUGACAUCCUAUCUCUCCUAUAGCAGUAUACCAUCCUAUCUCUCUACAGCCUAUUACAGUAUACCAUCCUAUCUCUCUCUACAGCCUAUAACAGUAUACCAUCCUAUCUCUCCUAUAACAGUAUACAAGCCUAUCUCUAUACAGCCUAUAACAGUAUACCAUCCUAUCUCUCCUAUAACAGUAUACCAUUCUAUCUCUCUACAGCCUAUAACAGUAUACCAUCCUAUCUCUCCUAUAACAGUAUACCAUUCUAUAUCUCUAUACAGCCUAUAACAGUAUACAAUCCUAUCUCUCUCUACAGCCUAUAAUAAUAAUAAUAAUAUGCCAUUUAGCAUGUGUAUGGGUGGUCCCGGGGAUCGAACCCACUACCUUGGCGUUACAAGCGCCGUGCUCUACCAGCUGAGCUACAGAGAACCACCGCCUAUAACAGUAUGCCAUCCUAUCUCUCUCUACAGCCUAUAACAGUAUGCCAUCCUAUCUCUCCUAUAACAGUAUACCAUCCUAUCUCUCUAUACAGCCUAUAACAGUAUGCCAUCCUAUCUCUCCUAUAGCAGUAUACCAUCCUAUCUCUCUACAGCCUAUUACAGUAUACCAUCGUAUCUCUCUCUACAGCCUAUAACAGUAUACCAUCCUAUCUCUCCUAUAACAGUAUACAAGCCUAUCUCUAUACAGCCUAUAACAGUAUACCAUCCUAUCUCUCCUAUAACAGUAUACCAUUCUAUCUCUCUACAGCCUAUAACAGUAUACCAUCCUAUCUCUCCUAUAACAGUAUACCAUUCUAUAUCUCUAUACAGCCUAUAACAGUAUACAAUCCUAUCUCUCUCUACAGCCUAUAACAGUAUACCAUCCUAUCUCUCUACAGCCUAUAACAGUAUACCAUCCUAUCUCUCCUAUAACAGUAUACCAUUCUAUAUCUCUAUACAGCCUAUAACAGUAUACCAUCCUAUCUCUCUCUACAGCCUAUAACAGUAUACCAUCCUAUCUCUCUACAGCCUAUAACAGUAUACCAUACUAUCUCUCCUAUAACACUAUACCAUCCUAUUUCUCUCUACAGCCUAUAACAGUAUACCAUCCUAUCUCUCCUAUAGCAGUAUACCAUCCUAUCUCUCCUAUAACAGUAUACCAUCCUAUCUCUCCUAUAGCAGUAUACCAUCCUAUCUCUCCUAUAGCAGUAUACCAUCCUAUCUCUCCUAUAGCAGUAUACCAUCCUAUCUCUCCUAUAACAGUAUACCAUUCUAUCUCUCUCUACAGCCUAUAACAGUAUACCAUCCUAUCUCUCUACAGCCUAUAACAGUAUACCAUCCUAUCUCUCCUAUAUCAGUAUACCAUCCUAUCUCUCUACAGCCUAUAGCAGUAUACCAUCCUAUCUCUCCUAUAGCAGUAUACCAUCCUAUCUCUCCUAUAGCAGUAUACCAUCCUAUCUCUCCUAUAGCAGUAUACCAUCCUAUCUCUCCUAUAACAGUAUACCAUCCUAUCUCUCCUAUAGCAGUAUACCAUCCUAUCUCUCCUAUAGCAGUAUACCAUCCUAUCCCUCCUAUAGCAGUAUACCAUCCUAUCUCUCCUAUAACAGUAUACCAUCCUAUCUCUCUCUACAGCCUAUAACAGUAUACCAUCCUAUCUCUCUACAGCCUAUAACAGUAUACCAUCCUAUCUCUCCUAUAGCAGUAUACCAUCCUAUCUCUCUACAGCCUAUAGCAGUAUACCAUCCUAUCUCUCCUAUAGCAGUAUACCAUCCUAUCUCUCCUAUAGCAGUAUACCAUCCUAUCUCUAUACAGCCUAUAACAGUAUACCAUCCUAUCUCUCCUAUAAAAGUAUACCAUCCUAUCUCUAUACAGCCUAUAACAGUAUACCAUCCUAUCUCUCCUAUAAAAGUAUACCAUCCUAUCUCUAUACAGCCUAUAACAGUAUACCAUCCUAUCUCUCCUAUAACAGUAUACCAUCCUAUCUCUAUACAGCCUAUAACAGUAUACCAUCCUAUCUCUCCUAUAACAGUAUACCAUCCUAUCUCUCUAUACAGCCUAUAA